AUGAUGCUUAUCCCCCACCACUUCCACAUUGAGCGGAAACCAGAAUACCUUCAGCCGGAGAAGUGUGUCCCACCUCCCUACCCUGGUCCUGCGGGAACCAUGUGGUUUAUCCGUGACGGCUGUGGCAUCGCCUGUGCCAUUGUGACCUGGUUUCUGGUCCUCUAUGCGGAGUUUGUGGUCCUCUUUGUCAUGCUGAUUCCAUCUCGAGACUACGUGUACAGCGUCAUCAGAACUGUGUUCAACCUGCUGGCCUUCUUGGCCUUGGCGUCCCACUGCCGGGCCAUGCUGACGGACCCCGGGGCAGUACCCAAAGGAAAUGCCACUAAAGAGUUCAUUGAGAGUUUGCAGUUGAAGCCUGGGCAGGUGGUGUACAAGUGUCCCAAAUGCUGCAGCAUCAAGCCUGACCGAGCCCACCACUGCAGUGUUUGUAAGCGGUGCAUUCGCAAGAUGGACCACCAUUGUCCCUGGGUCAAUAACUGUGUCGGCGAGAACAACCAGAAGUACUUCGUCCUGUUUACAAUGUACAUAGCCCUCAUUUCCUUGCACGCCCUCAUCAUGGUGGGAUUCCACUUCCUGCAUUGCUUUGAAGAAGAUUGGACAAAUCUCCUACAAGCCUACGGACUGAGCAAGGAAGGCACAGCACAGAUCCGAGUCGCUCUUCAUGCAAAAAGGCAGCCCUUUACAAAAGUCAGUUUGACAGGUAAAGUUGUGAGUUGAACAGGACCCCAAGACUGAACUUGCCAAAGGAGAAUGCAGACCCCAGGAAGGCACAGAGGUCAGGUCCAAUGAAGGAGAGUUGUGCUGGGAAAGAGCUUUGUUUCUCUGUCCUUAAACGAGGCACACCGUCCGCCCCACACGCUGUCGAUGGAGCCUUGCACAUGUUAGGCAAAUGCUCAACCACUGUACCACACUCCCUGAACCCUAAAAGAAGCAUUUGGAUUAAGAGUCAUUUUAUCCCAACUUGCAAAGAUCCAUUUUUAACUUUCUGCCUAGCACAUGGGGGUGUUUUAAUUUGUUUCUUGUGUAGUGGUUUUUAUUUCCAAAUUUCAUACAUUGAUAAUCAUGAGUUUAGGUCAUAGACAAAUUCUUCCUGCUUUAGAAGUAUUACAUUUAAAUGUGCAGAUCGUCCGACCAGAAGAUUGCACAAAUCCUAAAGGAAAAAAGUAGACACUGGCCAGGUGCUGCGACUCAGGCCUAUAAUCCCAGCUACUUGGGAGGCAUAGGUAGGAGGAUCAUGGUCUGAG